ACGACAUGGGCGGCGCACACGAGCACGGCGACAAGGACUUUACCGGCGACGGCUUCCCCGACGACGUCCAGCCGUGGAACAUUGCCAACGACGCGUGGGAGGCGACCUACAAGGGCUCGUGCCACUGCGGGGCCGUCACGUUCGAGGCCAAGGGCGACCCGGUCGCGUCCAUCUGCUGCCACUGCACGACGUGUCAGGUUGUCCACGGCGCCAUCGCGCAGCGCGCCGUCCUGUACAAGAAGGACUGCAUCAAGUUCCCCAAGAACGUCCUCGAGUACGUCGCCUUCUACCAGACGCACGACAAGAAGGUCGGCCGUCACCUGCCCUGCAAGGUGCGCUGCAAGAACUGCGGCACUUUGAUCGCCGACGAGGGCCGCAACCUGUGGCUCGCGUUCCCGAGCCUGUUCGACUUCUCGGACCGCGACGGCAAGGAGCCCGAGGCGUUCAAGACGCAGGACCACAUCUUCUACGACCAGAGGGUGUUUGACAUUGUGCGCAACGAGGGCGGCAACGUCUCGUUCUGGGCCGGCGCAAAGGACAAGAGCGAGAAGAGGUGACAGGUGUCGACGAGGGCCAGGGCUCGCCUGUAGAUAGCUUCGCAACGCAGAUCUCGUGUACAGUA